GAGAUCACAACAUGCUCUUGUUCCUCUUCUUGUUUGGUCUGGCUCUGGGUGCUGAGCCUCCUUCAGACGACCAGCAAGUGAAGCUUCAGCGUGGCAACUGUCCCAUGUUCUGGUACAGCUUCAACGGCCGCUGCUACAAGUACGUCGCCACAGACAUGACCUGGGCUGAUGCAGAGCUCCACUGUUUGUCACAGAGAGCCAACCUGGUGUCUAUCCACAGUCAGGGGGAACAGAAUUUCGUCAAAUCCCUGGUCAAGAACUUUGAUCACGCUGAGGGAUAUACCUGGAUUGGAAUCACUGACAUCCACAAAGAAGGCAGCUGGAUGUGGUCUGAUGGGUCUGUGGUCAACUUUGUCUUUUGGCAUCCGACACAGCCAGACAACACUGCAGGAAAUGAACACUGUGCUCACCUCAACUCUGGCAUUUACUGGAAUGACAGACUGUGUGCUGAAGCUUUGCCCUCUGUUUGUGUAUCUCGUACAUCCUGUCCUUAGUAGUUGAGAUGCUCUUUAGUUUUAUGACCAUUCAUGAAA